AUGGGACAACCUUGGUUCCAUGAUCGAAAAGUGUAGUGUGUUAGCAGAAGAUGCAAGCAAUUUCGAUUGAAGCAUCAAAGCAAGGUGUUUAUUUUGAAGCCUUUGGCUGCAGAAGAAGCUAUGGAUAACUUGAAGGUGCUGCAACGUGUACAUGGAGAGUAUCAGGGGGCUUUGAUAUCAAGGAAGUCGUCAUUGAGAAGCGAACCACUCAAGACACUGGUCGGAGCUGGGCACCUCUGUUUUUUGUCAACGAAACAGAGCACACGCUAAGAAGAAGCCGUCAUGGCGCUGGAGGUUGAGUCGAGCAACGCCAAGGCUACUGUGAAGUUUCUUGAAGGCGAAGGAAUGAUUCUCCCAACACCAGACACUUCGAGAAUAGAAGGUGGUGCUUUGAUCAACUUCUUUGGUGCCGGGAAACUCUAUUCUUCGAUGGUAGGGCAUAUCAGGAGAGAGAGUGAAGCGGGGGGAGCAGUCCAGACCAUGGUCUUUGAAGCUGAAGACGUCAACAGGUUCGAUGAGGAGCAGGGAACAUGUAGUGCGGGUCAAUUGGAGUCCGAAGGCAUCAAAUUGAAAAUUUUCAAUUUGGAAUUUUCGGUCCGAAACGUGAAGAAGAACGAAGCAAAAAUGGGUGAAUUGGUUGGAGAUUUCGACAUCCCUUAGACCCCAGUGGUUGAUACAGAAUCAUCAAUGGCAGUUCCAAUUGCCAAGAGGCUGUAGGAAUCAUCCAAUCGACACGAAGAUGCCGAAUCACAAACUUCCAAGUUUCAUUUUGGUUCGACGAAAUCUGAAAAAUUUGAAUUCCCUGGUGGCGGGAAAUUCGGGGAUUUCAAUUGGAGACGAUUCUAGCACAGUCGAAGCUUGGCAAUGGCUGUGUUCGCUUCCUAGAAGCGAGACGAACACGAUGAAAGCAAUAAAUAGGAUCGAGGUGGUUGUGAGAGAAAAGGCCUAGUUUCUUGGAGCUCGCCGGAGUCCAUAAAGUUGUCAGAAAAUGGGAAUUAUGGGCGACAUGUUUUGGGUGGGAAAGACCCUUGGAGUCCCACGAAUUUAUUGGAGCUCGAAUAUUGGCCGAAAGCAGCAAGAACAAGAGCAAGUGACACAUCAAAGCUUGAUUGGCCACAAGCAGGAUACAACUUUCAUGAGCCAUUUUGGGAUGCUUUCAUUGAUGAUUUUGGUUGCAGGUUCAUACAAGCUUUGAGGGAAAAGCUUUCUGAAGAGGGGGAGUAUGAUAUUAUCCCAAAUAGCCUACAAUUCAAGUUUCUAUUGCUUGACAAAGAAGUAGUCCAAGAUGGCAAGAAAAGAGGCAAUUUUUG